CCCAGAACCACCGGACUAGUGGCGCAGUGAACUGUUCCCACUAAGCCAAGGGCUGCGAUCGUCACCACUGUAGGCAGGUAUAAGACAGACGGAGUUCCAACCUCCUUGCUGUGUCUCCUCGCCAUGCACAGACUAUUAAGGAAUCCGGACCGAGCCCAGAACACCCAAGAACCGUCUAGGCACCUCUAACUGCCGUCAUGAAGCUCAUCGCUGCCCUCCCUCACGUCUCCCUUGCCGUCGCCGCCGUGUUGGAGCCCCGUCACUGCGCAGGGAACAACUGUAACCGCGCAGUAACCGGGACCCGUCCAGGCCUGCUUCCCCUGGCGUCCCGGUCAGCAGAUUGCUCGAGCUUCCUGCUAACGACGGUGACUCCCGCCGCGACCACCGUCACGGUGACCGUCGACGAGGAGGAUCUACCCUCCCCGACCGCCGCCAAGCGCGGUGCUGUCCUUCAGGGCCGCCAGGUGACCGUUGUGCCGAGCGCUAUUCCGGAUUAUGCUGCCAACUGUGCCAAUGCCGCUGAGUACAUCUCCGCGUGCUCAUGCUUUGGCGUCACCGGGUCGGUCACGACGGCGCCGACGCCUACUGUGACUGUUACGACCACGGUGGAUUACUGCGAAGAUAUAUGAGCCCCGAAGUGGAAGGAUUAGGGUCUUGAUGCUGUAGGGAGAUUUCCCCGACGAUCGGAUCGGUUGCCAGUGAGUACUGGU